AGACAGCACUUAGUCUUACUUGCCCCCUACGCCUCUCCUUGUCCCCUCCCUCCUCCACUGCAGCCUUUCUCUUAGCCCGGGCCACUUCCUUCUUCUGCCUGUUCCUCCCCAGGGCGCGGAAGCCGAGUACAGGGUUCAGACCCACGCAGCAGCAGCUCUUCCGUGAAGAAGGAAGCAAUCGGAGAGUCAGCAAUGAAUGUGGAACAUGAAGUUAACCUCCUGGUGGAGGAAAUUCAUCGCCUGGGUUCCAGAAAUGCUGAUGGAAAAUUAAGUGUGAAGUUUGGGGUCCUCUUCCAGGAUGACAGAUGUGCCAAUCUCUUUGAAGCGUUGGUAGGAACUCUGAAAGCUGCAAAACGAAGGAAGAUUGUUACAUACGCAGGGGAACUACUUUUGCAAGGUGUUCAUGAUGAUGUUGACAUUGUAUUGCUGCAAGAUUAAUGUGGUUUGCAUGGCUUGGUGUAUCUGAUAAACUGGAAUAACUAAGUUAAAAGACUAACGUGAAUUUCCUUAUGUAUUUUUAUAGAACUUUGUAAACAAAGGGGGGCUUGUUGAGAAGUCCUGUUUUUAUACCUUGAAGCAAAACAUUACAAUGUAAAAUAAACAAAACCUAUUAUUUUUCUUAAGAAGGUAAUUGGGAAAUGUAGGUAAUGAAACAUUUUUGGAGGUGUGAAAAAGCUUUUGUUCUCUUAAACCAUUCUUAAGACAAUUUCUACAGGCACUUGACAUUCUGUCAAAGCAAGAAGCAAACUGCAGACCAGCUGCCAUGAAAAAUGUUGUUUAUGGAAUAAAAAAAAUGUAACUGCCUUUAAA